AUGGCAACCCUCAACACGAAAACCGGCCAGGUUGUUGACCGGUCUGUCUUGGACUCCAUGCUUCGCCGCAGGAUGUUCUACACCCCGUCUUUCGAAAUCUAUGGUGGUGUUUCGGGUCUUUACGAUUAUGGCCCCCCCGGCUGCGCUCUUGUGACCAAUAUCGUUGACUUGUGGAGGAGGCACUUCGUGUUGGAGGAGGACAUGCUGGAAGUCGACUGCACCAUGCUGACCCCCCAUGAUGUUCUCAAGACCAGUGGACACGUCGACAAGUUCGCGGACUGGAUGUGCAAAGACCCCAAGACUGGCGAGAUCUUCCGCGCCGAUCAUUUGAUCGAAGAGGUGCUUGAAGCACGUCUGAAGGGUGACAAAGAGGCCCGUGGCCAAAAAGUGGUGGUGGAUGAGGAAAAAGAGGCCAAGAAAAAGAAAAAGGUCAAGGAAACGAAGGCCGUCAAACUGGACGACAACGUUGUCAAGCAGUAUGAGGAAAUUUUGGCGCAAAUUGACAACUAUGACGGCCACGAACUGGCUGAACUCAUUGCCGUGCAUGACAUCCGGAACCCUACCACUGGUGGCAACCUUCUGCCCCCCGUCUCCUUCAACCUAAUGUUCCAGACUUCGAUUGGACCAAGCGGGAAUUUACCGGGCUAUCUACGUCCAGAGACUGCUCAGGGACAAUUCCUCAAUUUCCAGAAACUGCUCGAGUUCAAUCAGCAGGGCAUGCCCUUCGCUUCAGCGUCCAUUGGCAAGUCAUUCCGCAAUGAAAUAUCUCCACGUUCCGGGCUUUUGCGAGUACGAGAGUUCCUCAUGGCCGAGAUUGAGCACUUUGUGGAUCCAGAAGGUGGCAAGAAGCAUCCUCGCUUUGAUGAAGUCAAGGAUGUCGAAAUGACCUUCUUAAACCGCGCAGUGCAACUGUCUGGCAGCACCAAAACAGAGCAGAUGACGAUUGGAAAGGCUGUUGAAUCUGGCCUUGUGGACAACGAAACCCUUGGCUAUUUCAUUGCACGCAUCCAGUUAUUCCUUCUCAAGCUGGGUGUUGACAAGAAGAAGCUGCGGUUCCGCCAGCACAUGGCUAAUGAAAUGGCCCACUACGCUACUGAUUGUUGGGAUGCAGAGCUGCAGACUAGCUACGGCUGGAUUGAAUGUGUGGGCUGCGCGGAUCGCAGUGCCUACGAUCUGACUGUGCACAAGAACAAGACCGGUGCACCCCUUGUUGUCCGUGAAACCAGGGCCGAGCCGUUGCGGAUUGAGGAAUGGCAAAUUGAUCUGGACAAGAAGAAGUUUGGACCUCGCUUCAAAAAGGACAGCAAGACGGUCGAGGCUGCGGUAGACGCUCUAUCCCAGGAGCUCCGGGAGAAGUUGGCUCUUGACUUGGACCAAAAUGGAAAGAUAGAGGUGGAUGUCGAAGGUGUUGGCUCAGGCAAAGUUGAGCUUGAGAAGGAUCUGAUCAAGAUUGAGAAGCGCACGCGGGUGGAGAACGUCCGCGAAUACACCCCCAAUGUGAUUGAGCCCUCGUUUGGUAUCGGUAGGAUUCUAUACAGCGUGAUCGAGCAUGUCUACUGGUCCCGGCCAGAGGAUGCCGCCCGUGGGGUUCUCUCGUUCCCACCAGUUAUUGCCCCCACAAAAGUUCUGCUUGUCCCUCUAUCGACUCAUCCAUCAUUCCGUCCUCUGACACAGCGUAUGAUGGCAAAACUUCGUCGCAUGGGUGUUGCUAACCGUGUAGAUGAUUCUUCUGCAAGCAUUGGGAAGCGCUACGCGCGGAAUGACGAACUGGGCACACCGUUCGGUAUCACUAUCGACUUCCAGUCGGUCAAGGACAACACAUUCACCCUUCGUGACCGCGAUACAACCAAGCAAGUCCGCGCAAGCGAGGAUGAGAUUCUUCAGGCCGUCAAGUCGCUGGUCGAUGGAGAAGAAACGUGGGAGGAUAUUCGAAAGCGUCUCCCGGAGUUCACUGGCCAGGAUGUCGAAUAG